AUGGCUAGAUCUGAUAAGGAAGGGGAAGGGGGGGAGAAGAAAUGGACCCCGUUGGCUUUGGUUAUUGAAAGCCUUAGGAGGGACCUCUUGAAUGUGCUGAACUCUGUGGAGUUUUCCAACCCAUCUGAAUCGGCAGAGGAUGUGCUCAUCUAUAAUAAUGCAAACAACCAUCCAUCUAUAUCUGUUCAUGAAAUAGGGCUUGGAGCCAUUCUUCUCAAACCACCAACUUCUCCUGCAGACAUCAGAGCCAGUGGACAAGGCUCCUGA